AGUUACCUGCCACACAACAAGGUAACAUACAUUCCCGCCAAUCAGUUUCUUUGGAUGUAAUGGAAACAAAUAAUGCAUGAGAGAGAUAUGGAGCUCAGCUCCUUCCUUUAGCAAUCUAUGCUUCUCCCAGUAAAUCCUUGCAUCUUAGAGGCUUGAACCAACGUUGCUUCAUUUCUUGAUAGCAGUUUUCUUUUAAAUAUUAUACUACCUGAAUGCCCGUGGUUCAGUCGUUAUAUUCAUACUAUGCAUACAUAAAUUCAGCCAUUAAAAAAAUUAAUCUGAGAGCCAGCAUGUGCAUACCUUAACAAUUAUUCAUUGAUUCUUCCUGCUAAGCUUUAUUAGCUGCAAGUGAAAUGGUGGGAGAGCACUCGUCGCCAUGGCCGAAUCUAGCGACAAAAGAACAAUUUUCACUUCUCAAAGAGCAAUUUUCACUUCUCAAAGAUGUUCUUUUACUUUGGCAGCUGCAGGCCACAUAUAUAUUAGUAGUCCUGUUGUACAACUUUGAUGAAUUUUCCUUUUCCAAGUUAUUGUUGGUCCAGUUAUUGGCCUCUCUAAAAACAUUUGUUUUCACAUGUCCUUUGCUCCCAGGAAAUCUGGUUCAAGCUCUACUGUUGUUUUAUAGAAGAAAGUUGGAGGCGGCAUUCGAAAAUCCAGCAGGUUCUUCUUCUGGGUAUGAAAAAAAAAUGACUAUAGAUUUCGUGGUCUGCCAUUGCUUUUCUAUUUCUUUGUGUUCUUGUUGUAUCGGAUGGCAUGAUUGGCAUCUAUUUCAAAAAGUCCAUAUACUUCAGCAAUUGACAGAUUUUGCUAUCAUACAAGUCAAUAACAAUAGGCAUCGAUUGCAAACUUUAGAGAUGGCGCCAAUUAACCUUAGACGUCAGCGGACAUUUGCAAACUUCACAAAAAAACCAGUUGAGCCUAGAUUCAUAGACUUCGACGACAUCGAAUAUUCUGAUACAUUCAGGACUUGUAGCAUCUGCGUGAGGGUAGAUGUCAAAUUCCCGGUUAAUCCGAGUGGUGAUAAGCUUCACUUCAUUCUUAUGGACAAAACUGUAAGUCUCAAGCAUGUUAGAUUGCUAAAAUAGACAUUUGUUUUAUCAUCAUCUAACAUUUCCUAAAACAA